GGAAAAAAGCGAUAGCUUCAAAAUAAUUUAAACAAAACAAUCACGUGCUAGAAACGCAUCAACCGUGCCGAAUUCAAAUAUUUAAUAAUGGUUGUAGUAUUUUCACUGGGAUGAAACUCAAAACAAUAGAAUGACAUUUCUUCGAAAGCCGAAGCCAAAGAUUGACAAUCGAACAGAGCCGUAAACAAAGGUGCGUGACUUCUGCAAGGUAGUGAAAACAACAGCAAACUGCAAAAGCGACGAAAUUACGGUGCAUUUUUCACAAGAAACUAUAUCAACACUUCCAUUUUACAACAUUCCGAUCAACGUUAUACAAGCGAAUCACGGAAACCGUGGUUCACCACUCAACACCCCUAAUCCGUCCAGCAAUGCCAUUCUUCCCGACGGAGGUGACCCUGCCAUUGGCGAGUGCUGGGGCCGCCACCGGACUGCUCGGUUCGAUCGUACUACUGCGAUUGUACAAGCUACGCAAAUGGGGCUGGGUAAAGUCGAACUUUUCACUCCAGGGAAAAACAUUCGUCAUAACCGGUGCGAACACCGGACUCGGCUAUGAAACGACAAAAGCGCUCGUCCGCCGACAGGCAACGAUCGUCAUGGCGUGCCGUAAUCUUACGAAAGCUAAUGAAGCGAUCGGAAAAAUUCGCACCGAGCUGGGCGGUACGUUACCACCGGGUGCAUUAAUACCGAUGGAGCUGGAUCUCGCAUCGUUCCGGUCGAUAAGAAGCUUUGCCGGGGAGCUCAAGCGUACCGUCCCUCAACUGUACUGUCUGGUGAACAAUGCUGGGUUAGCUGUGCGGAAGCGUGAAUUUACGCGGGAAAACCAUGAAGUUCAUUUCGGCGUAAACCAUCUCGGUCAGUUCCUGCUGGUGGAUCUGCUUCGGGAGCAGCUGCUCGAGCAAAGGACGCGCGUCGUCGUGGUGUCUUCGCGCAUGCACGAGAUCGAGGCAGAGAUCGAUUUCGAUCACCUGGGCCGCUGGGUUGAGUAUGGUAGCCGGUUAAACCGGCUGUACAACAAUUCGAAGCUGAUGAACUUCUACUAUGCCCGGGAGCUGUACAAACGGGGCUUCAACGUGCACGUGCUGUGUCCGGGCCUGUGCCAUACCGAUUUCUUCCGUCACUACGAACCGAAAUGGUACCACUAUCUGGUGUUUUCACCUAUCGUAUGGCUGAUGCUUCGAUCCGGCGAACAGGUACAAUGCAAACUAGAAAAAAAUAUCCCCGACCUAGUGGCCGCACAUGAGCGUGUGCUAAUGAAAGCGCUUCCCUUUCCCUUUUUGUCGUCCCAGGGUGCCCAGAAUAUUAUAUAUGCGGCAACGGAAAGUGUUACCACAGCCGAACGUAACCCAAUUACGGGAUACUUCAUCUCAAACGUGAAGAUGCGCCGUUCAAAGUAUCACUUCGAUGAGGAAACGUCCGUCCGGUUGUGGGAGGAGAGCGUUCGCGCGAUUGCAGCAUCGGAAGCUAAAAGCACUUAGGAAGAAAUUUUAAAUUUAUCAUUUAGUGUUUUGGUUGUCGUGUAUAAAUACCUCCAGUUGUUGUGUGGUGCUAAUGGUGCAUUGUAGUUGAUCGAUUCUAACACCCAGCAUGGAUAACAAUACACCGAGCGUAACCGAUCGUC